AUGGCUUCCAAGCAACCUUUUGAAGGUGAUUACCUGUUGUUGAAGCCAGAAGAAGCGAGCGUGAUAGAUCUCAUUCGCCUCCUCUUUUCUUCUAAAUUAGAAAACAGAAAGUUCAUCGAUUGCCCCGCAGAGCUCCAAUACACAGAAUUUCGACGGCGAUGGAUCCUUUUCACCUCCGUCGUGGUUCAGAUGGCCCUCCUCGCCUCCCAAUGGUCCCUUGCCAAAACAGGCUCCCUGGUAGAGACAUGGCUCAACCUUGUUUCGAUCAAUGGGGGCUUCAUAAGGCUUUUGUUCAACUUUAUCAGAGGAGCGGUAAGAUUACCGGAGAGAUCAUCGGCGAAAUUCAAAUCUGCGGCGGGAAUCCUUGACCCGCGAAUGAAAUUAGAUAAGAGGAUUACACCUGAGGAUGCUAAGUACAAAGGCUUGCUGUCUAUGAUGGCCUCUAAAUUAUCCUACGAGAAUCAAAACCUCGUUGAAACUGUUGUCACAGAUUAUUGGGAUAUGGAUUCCUUGAGGUUCUACAACUUCUGGAACGAAUACCAGCAAGCUGACUCCACCCGCGCAAUCAUGUUCCAAGACACAAAGUCUGAACCCAACUUGAUCGUAGUUGCAUUUCGGGGCACUGGGCUAUUUGAUGCUGGCCAAUGGAUCACAGAUGUGGACAUAUCAUGGUACGAGAUUCCCAAAGUGGGCAAAAUCCAUGGAGGCUUCAUGAAGGCUUUGGGACUCCAGAAGAAUGGUGGGUGGCCCAAGGAGAUAGACGAAACCAGUGAGGCCGAACACAAGAAGUUUGCAUACUACACAAUAAGAAAAGAUCUGAAAAAGAUUCUGCAGAAAAACGAGACUGCAAAAUUUAUAGUGACAGGGCACAGUUUGGGAGGAGCUUUGGCCAUUCUCUUUGCGACUGUUCUAACACUUCACGACGAGGCAUGGUUGCUGGAUAAGUUAGAAGGCGUUUAUACGUUUGGCCAGCCCAGAGUUGGGGACCAACAGCUUGGUGACUUCAUGAAGGACAAGUUGAAAAAGUACGAUGUGAAGUACGUAAGGUAUGUCUAUGGCAACGACGUCGUGCCUAGGGUCCCUUACGAUGACAAAACCCUCUUGUUUAAGCACUUUGGUCCAUGCGUCUUCUUCAAUAGCUUUUAUCAAGGACAGGUUUUGGAGGAGGAGCCAAACAAGAACUACUUCUCCUUGUUGUGGGCAAUACCCAAGAACAUAAAUGCGGCUUGGGAGCUAGUUAGAGGUUUUAUUAUCCCGUUCGUUGAAGGUGAGGACUACAGAGAAACGUGGUUGAUGAAAAUACUCAGGCUGAUUGGGUUGAUAUUUCCUGGAUUAUCAGCUCACGUUAUUCAGGAUUAUGUGAAUCUUACUCGAUUGGGUACGCUAGCUGCAUCAACGAAACUGCAGAAUCCACAGGCUGCCAAGGAUGAGUAAUGUUGCAUGAUGAGUAGUGUUAAAAUCUGCAUUCUCCGCUCCAUUUGGGACGCGGUAUCCGUAGGAUAAGACUUAACAUAUACUCGUAUAGUACAAGAAUCGGCAACCCGUUAGGCACCUCGUAUACAAUGAAACCUGGUAUAAGAUCUGAUAGGACAAGACCUCAUAAAUGGCUAGUUCUACAUAGUAUUCGGAUUGACACUGUAUAAGAUAUUGUAUCGUUUGAUAAAACUAUUCUGCUUUUGAAUAAUAUAAAACCGGAUUGGAUAUGAAUGGCGAAGUUCCACACCAAAUUGGCUAUAGAUGUGU